AUGACUCCUACCAAAGACAAUCCGCCAGCUUCGCCACCGGCAGUUGACGAUGGACUCUUGGCAUUGCAGGCAGCUCAUCAUGACGGUCUCAAACAAAUCUAUAAGAACUUCAAAAAGGACUCUUGUGCCAGGAAAACUAAAGCCUACUGCCAAGUCCGGCUAGAUAAGGUUGAGCUGCUGCAUAAAGAAUUCUUUGAAGGUCACAAAACCCUUGUUUGCUCUUCUCUGAGUCGCGAUUCACCAUAUUUUAAAGAUUCAGCGGCAUCAAAAUUUGAGGAUCUCUACUUCGACUUGCGUGCUGCACUGUUAGAUGCCUUGGAAGAGCAACAGCCUAAAUCAACGCAAGGCGCUCCUCCGAACCCAUCUGCGGGGCAUAUGCAAACGUCGUCGCUUGAACUACCGAAAUUACCCGUGCCAUUAUUCACUGGAAAGUACACAGACUGGCCAGCUUUCCACGAUGCCUGUAUUCGCUUAAUUCAUAACAAUUCGAGUUUGAGUAUGAUCCACAAGUUCCAUUUUCUGAAAAGGGCGCUACCUGAUGAUAAAGACCUCGAUGUGCAGCAAAUGGAUCUUACCGAAACUAACUAUCCUACAGCCUGGGAGUUAAUAGUAAAGCGGUACAAUAACCCUCGACUUCUUUUCAUGCACCACAUGAACAAGCUGUUCAGCAUAUCUACGCUUACGAAAGAGCAGUCGGAUGGGAUUAAAUCACUUCUAAACGCGGCCAGGGUGUGCAUCAAUGAGUUCCAGCGACUAAAAAUUCCUAUUUCCGACUGUGACCACUGGAUUGCCUACUACGUAUCAAUGCAGCUCCCUAAAGAGACGCAUCAGGCAUGGGAACAUCAUUUAGGUAGUAACACUUCGAUUCCAACCUUUACCGCACUUGAAUCGUUUUUAAAUGAUCGCUUAGUUACAAUUAACGUGAUCGAAAACAGGCAGCGUCACAUUGAUGCGCCAUCAUCCUCAAAGCCUAACCCGUCAGCUCAUUCGCCAGAGAAACGCAGCAGUUGGAAAGCGAAUCAGUCAAUCAGCAGAAGCUUUCAUGUAACUGCCCAACCAAAAGGGGCAGGUUCGUGUUACCUAUGUGGUGAUACUCACAUAUUGCGCCGUUGCUCGACUUUCCUGACUAAGGACUGUUUCGAGCGCAAAGCUAUUGUUGACCGCGCAAAAUUAUGUUUAAAUUGCCUUAGCAACUCGCACAGAGCUGCUCAGUGUCCCAGCACAAAAAAUUACCUUCAGUGUGGACAAAGACACCACACCUUGUUGCACUUUCCGAAAUCAGCUCCACAAACCGAUGGAGCUUCAGCAGCACAACCACAGCUGAAUCCCACAGCUCUGCCUUUCCGACGUGAAAGCACAUUUAGUUCAACCACCACAGCCUCAAAGGCAGCAAAUUCUGCUUUUGUAGCAACAACAACUACAGAAAAACCAGGGCGACAGGUUCUUCUAGCAACUGCAAUGGUAAUUAUAGUGAAUAACGUCACUGGUCAAACAGAAAUUAUACGCGCUCUCAUUGACAAUGGCUCCGAAGCAACGAUAAUCUCGGAACACGCCGCUCAAACCGUUGGCUUGACUCGCACUCGAACUUCAGCGGAAAUCUCCGGGGUGACCGGCACCCCCUCAAAACAUUGUAACUUUACUGUCAGUUUUAGCAUUCGCUCAUGUAUCAAUCCUGAUUUUCACACUGAAAUAGACGUAGCCUACGUUCUUAAUUCGCUCGCUAUCCAUCUACCCAGUGAGAAAAUUGUGGCGCAGCAAUGGCCGCACAUACUUGGCCUGCAACUCGCUGAUCCCACUUAUUUCCAAUCCCGCCGUAUAGACUUGCUCCUCGGAGCCGAUAUGAUGGCCCGUAUCAUGUUACCCGAAACUCGCAUCGGAAGGUUCGACGAACCAAUCGUACAACGCACACAAUUGGGGUGGAUCUUGACCGGAAAUGUAACGCCAGUUUCCAAACGCUCAACAAGCAUUCGCUGUCACCACUCCACGCUUCAACUUGAAUCUCUCGUUCAAAGGUUUUAUGAACAUGAACAAAUACCUGAGGACCGAGCAUUAUCUCUCGAAGAAAACUGGUGUGAAAACCAUUUUCUGCAAACACAUUUGCGUCAGCCCAAUGGCAAGUAUUUGUCUAAGCAAACAGCACUAAAUCGUUUUUAUUGCCUAGAGCGCAAACUUCAACGCGACGAGAAAAUGUGCAAGCUUUACAGCGAAUGCAUCCAUGACUACUUCGUAUUAAAUCAAAUUACGCCCGCUACAACAACGGAGAGCGAUCACUGCACCUUCACUCCGGCGACUACUCCAACGGUGACAUCGUGCGUUCUGCCGCAUCAUGCGGUGCUUAAAGAAGAGAGCUUAACGACUAAGUUACGCUUUGUUUUCGAUGCUUCGUGUAAGACGACGAAUGGCAGAUCUUUGAAUGAUGUUUUGUGCACUGGCCCGGCGCUGCAAAUGACUUGUCGGCAAUGCAUCGAUAUGCACCCCGAAGACUCGCAAUAUCAGCGUAUCAUAUGGCGAAAUAGCGAAGGAAAUAUUCAAGAAUACUGUCUCACUACAGUCACGUUUGGAACGGCCUCGGCUCCAUACACCGCAAUACGUGUACUCCAUCAACUUGCCGAAGAUGAAAAGGAGUCAUACCCACUAGCAACAGAGGUUCUAAAACACGAAUUUUAUGUUGAUGAUGUGCUAUCCGGCAGUGACUCCAUCGAAGGCGCUAUAGCUAUUCCUGAGCAAGUUACUGCAACCCUGCGCUCUGCCGGGAUGAACUUACGCAAAUGGAGCAGCAACUCGAUCGCUUUACUGGAUGGAAUUCCUCCGGAGCACAUGUCAAGAAGCAACUGUUUAAACUUCAACAGCACCGAAACGGUCAAAACACUAGGCAUGUGCUGGCAACCGAAUCAUGACAUGUUCAUUUUCAAGCUUAACUUUGAAAUUGAUUUCUCAGCAACAAAACGUGCUAUGCUAUCCACAAUUUCUCGGCUGUUUGAUCCACAGGGACUUAUUGCACCUGUCAUAAUAAAGGCUAAAAUUCUGCUGAAGUCUGUGUGGAUGUACAAGGUUCAAAGCGAGCGUCAAGAGAGCAUGGCUCUCGGGUGGGAUGAAGAUCUUCCAGAAGACAUAAAUCAUCAGUGGCAACAGUUUCUAAGCACCUUAUCUACCCUGCACUGCAUUAGGAUUCCCAGAUGGCUACAAUACGAGCCAAUUUAUAUCAAGUCACUACAACUUCACGCCUUUUGUGAUGGCUCAACCGCAGCUUAUGCAGCCAGUGUUUAUCUGCGUGUAGAAUGUUCCGACCAUAGAAUUUAUACUACCUUGCUUAUAGCCAAGAGCCGAGUAACGCCAACGAAGGCUCUUACAGUACCGCGCAUCGAGCUCAGCGGUGCCGUGCUGGCGACAGAAUUGGCAUCUUGGACCCAACGGUCGUUUAAGGCUAACGUUUUAGAUUUGCCCAUUUUUUAUUGGACCGACGCUACAAUUGUCUUGUAUUGGAUAGUCGGUGAUCCCAACCGAUGGCAAACGUGGGUAUCGAAUAGAGUAAGUAAAAUCCUUCAAGCCUCUUCGCCUCAUCAGUGGAGCCACGUCGAUACGCUUCAAAAUCCUGCCGACUGUGCAACUCGUGGAUUAACUCCCGCGGUUUUAUCGACAUUCGCGCUAUGGUGGGCUGGUCCUCCCUGGCUAAAGCAAGCUGUCACGGAUUGGCCCAAAUUUGACCACUCAGCAGUGGAUGUGCAAGAGGAAGUAGCUGAAGUCAAGCGCAAACAACUUCAAGUGCACUUUGCUAUCGCUGAAGAUUCCGUAAUUUUUCGGUACUCUUCUCUUCACAAAACGAUACGUGUGUGCGCUUACAUGUUUCGGUUCGCCUAUAACGCUCGUACCCAAACUGCUACGCGUUUGACGGGACCUUUGUCAGUCGCAGAACUGAACGAAAGUUUAACUAAGAUUGUGAAGCUUGUUCAACAGGAAGCGUUUUCGAAAGAGAUAAGGUGCAUUGAAGGAAAGGGGUCGCUGCCAAGCAAUAGCAAUCUAACGAGCUUAGCACCAUUCCUGGAUGAUCAAGAUGUUCUUCGCUUACGCGGUCGAAUUCAACGAGCUAUGUUACCAUAUACACAAAGGCAUCCAAUUAUACUACCGAGUUGUCAUCACUUCACUUGGUUGGUCAUCAACAGCUCGCAUAUAACAACUUUGCAUGGUGGCCCGCAACUAACUAUAUCUCACAUUCGACAGCAAUUUUGGAUUAUAAACGUCAGGCGCGCAGUUAAGCAACAAUUGCGUAAAUGUAUCAUCUGCUUUCGCAACAAACCAGUUGCAGCCUCACAGCUAAUGGGAGAUUUGCCCUUUCACCGCGUCAAUCCACCGCAACGCCCCUUUCUAGCAACCGGUAUUGAUUAUACUGGUGCUAUCGAACUAAAAUCAUCACGUACCCUGAAAUACCAGAUUAAUUGGGUCGUACUACGAGCAGAUCGCCUCAUAGCUACAACCGUGGGUGCUAGUCCAACAACGCAUCACAAUUUCAGUAAAGGUGAGAGCUCGCCUAAUGCUGCGUGGGUUUCGCAAUUGGAGGCGAGAAUAGUGAGUGCAGUGAAAGAAUCAACGAAGGAGUCAGGUGAGCGCAUACUACUACAUAUAGGGGAGCUGACGGCUGAGCUUACAAAUUUAAAGCAAAGCGUAAAAUCUCUUGAAGACAGAGUAGUGGCAGCUGAACGCGACUGUGCUGAAAUAGCGAAGUUGUGCAAUGAUGUUCAUACUCAUAAGGCGGAGGUGUGCGCAAGUGAAUCUCUUAGCGCUGAAGUGUGCUCACUGCGAACUCAGCUUGAUCGCUACGAACGAGCUGAAGUCGCUGCUGAUGCAUGUCUACACGGUAUACCAGCGCAAAGUGGAGAGGAUCUAACGGGCCUACUGAAGAAUAUCUGCACCUCAAUCAAUAGUACGGUGCCAACAGUCAAGAGUAUUUUUCGAAUGAGGAAAACUAACACCACCACGAUCGAUGCUCCGAUUAUUGUCAAGUUUACCUCUCCUCAUGAAAAGGGAGUGUUUCUCAAGUCGAUUGAACUUCAUAAUCGUGGCAAAGAUAAAUUAUGCCUAAGGCAUGCAGGGUUUGACUCCAAAAUGCCAAUUUAUAUCAACGAAUGCUUGACUAAAGCAAGUCAUGCGUUGCUGAAAACUGCGCUGCGACUGAAGAAACAUAAGAAAAUAUCAUCAACUUUUACCAGGCGCGGGCAAAUUUUUAUAAAGCGCUCUCCUAGCGAUACACCCGUUCGUGUGCCAACUAUGCAAACGCUGACAAAUAUUGUUAAAGCCGACGAACAAACUUUUCUCUUUCGCAGCAAUACUUAG